GGUUGUUACGGUAGAGUGCUGAAUGUGCGUACGUUUAAAGCUGUGUAGCUAUAGCGGAUACACUGACAGAAAGCGUUUGGACCUCAUUCUAAAGGGUGUCUGAUUUUGAUUCUGAAUUUAUUUAUUUAAACCGCUGUCUAAAUUUAUAUACAGUGUGUUUUGUGAAAUUAGCCAGACCGCGGUCAUCACAGGGUCAUCAGUGUGCGACGCUUCCUGCCGGUGUUACUAUACAGAAGAGACUUGACUAGCCAGACAAAGCUAAACUAGUGACUUGUGGCAGAGAUAAUAUAUAUAUAUUUAUUUUUUAAGCCAGUUUUAGAACCGUGGACAUGAGGUGUUUGCCGUAUUUCUGCCGAGGACCAGUGGUUCGAGGAUUUGGACGAGGAAGCAAAGAGCUAGGAAUCCCAACAGCAAACUUCCCAGAGUCUGUAGUGGACAGUCUGCCUGCUGAUAUUAACACUGGCAUCUAUUUCGGCUGGGCACGCGUGGACAACGGGGACAUCCACAAGAUGGUGAUGAGCAUUGGUUGGAACCCCUACUAUAAAAACAUUAAAAAAUCCAUGGAAACGCAUUUGAUCCACAAGUUUAAGGAGGAUUUCUACGGCCAGAUGCUAAGUGUCAUCAUGGUGGGCUACAUUCGCCCAGAAAGAGGAUUCAAAUCACUAGAGGAACUUAUUACAGCGAUUCACAGCGAUAUCGAAGAGGCAAAAAGAUUGUUGGACCUGCCUGAGCACGUGAAACUAAAAGAAGACAACUUUUUUAGGACGUCUAUAUCCACAACGACCAAUCAGAUCUUGAACGGUCACUAAAUAGAACUUUUUCCAGUUUCCCAUACUUUUAUGGAAGUGAAACCACUGUAACAUGUAUGCAUUGAUGCAUUAUUUUUGUACUAUAGCAUCUUUCAGAAAGGUUUUACGCAAUGUGUUAGUUUGACUGGUGCAGGCACUGUUUGACUCAAACAUGUCACCUUAAGUUAUUUCUUUAAAAAACAUGAAGAGGUUGGGUUGCACUGGUUUUCAUGAAGAAUCAAAGUUACCAUAGCCAGUUUAGAUCCUCGAAAGAUGGUUCCCAAGAUGAAAAGCAGAAACUUCCAUGACUGAGAUUUACCUAAUCUAGGUUUUUUAGAUCGUUGAUCUGUCAAAGUGUACAAUCCAAGCAAUACUAGAACUGAGUCAUAUGCUUGGGUUCUUAUCGAAUUGUUUCUGCAGAAUAUAAUUUACUGUAAGUUAGAUUUUUACAGGGUGUGAUUUAUUUGCUAUUUGUAGUACAAUUUUAUUGAAACCAAUGUACUCUCGUUUAAAAUGAAGAUGCUACAUUUACUGCUCAUAAUUUUAGUUAAUUUUAGAACUGAUUUGAAUAGAAAAAUUGUUCUGUAUAUAAUGAAAGGAAUAUGUGCAGGAAUUAAUAUAUCGAUCAUAGUUGGUUUCAGAGGGUAAUCCAGUGGCCUGUGAAGCAGUAUCAGAGGUACAAUGGUGGAAUUUACAGCCCACCGUUAUCAUAGAUAGUAUAUUUAUUACUGCCUGCUUCUACUUAUUAUCCUGGUAGACUGGUCACCUGAACUGAAAUGGUUAAAUAACAUAUAUAUAUAUAUAUAUAUAUAUAUAUAUAUAUGUAGCUCAAAAAAAAUAUAUAUAUUCUGGGGGAAAAAGUUACAUUUCUUGUGUAAUUGAUUUUAAAAACUAAAACUCAUAUAUUCUAGAUUGAUUACAUGAAAUAUUUCAAGCCUCUUGUGUUAAUGUCAAUGACUACAGUUUACAGCUUAUGAAAAUACAGUAUCUCAGAAUUAUAGAAUAUUUUUUCAUAAAUAAAAUAAUUACAAUAAAUAAAAUCAUAAAUAAAAUAAUUACAAUACAGAAAUUCUGAAAAGAUUUCUGCACUCGUGGUCAGGGCUUCUUAAACAGAAAUUACUGCAUCAAGGCAGCAUCGCAUGGAGGCACUCAGCCUGUGGCACUGUACUCCAUAAGGUUUGUUAGUAGAUGGAAGCAUUAAGUGCUCUAAAAUCUUCUGGUAGAUGGCUCAAUUUACUGGAUAAAACACCAUCACACCCAGACCAUCACUGACUGUAGAUACCUCACACUGAAGCAAUUCCUUCUGUGCCUCUCUAUUCAUCCUAAAGACUCUGGGACCAUGAUUUCCAAAUUAAAUGCAAAAUCUACUUUUAUCUGAAAAGGUCUUUGAGCAACGAUACUAGGAGUGCAACAUUUGCAGCCCAUUUCCUGAAGAUGCCUGUGUGUGGUGGCUCUAGAUGCACUGACUCCAGCCUCACUCCACUCCUUGUGAAGCUCUCAAGUUUUUAAAACACCUGUGCUUGGCAAUUUUCUUAAGCCUGCAGUUAUUUUUUGUGGCUUGUGCACCAUUUCCACUCAACUUUUAAUUAAUAUGCUUUAAUAUAGCACCUUCUUGUGGAUGGUGUCAAUGAUCGUUUUUUGGACGAAUGUCAAGUCAGUAGUACAGUACUUGACAUGUGUCCUGAAUCAGACUGACAGAUAUAAGUACAUGGUAUGAAUAUUACUUUACUCAAACUCAAAAUUUUAUAUUCUAAUAUUUUGAGAUACUAGAUUUUUUUAUUUUCAUAAGCUAUAAGCCACAAUCAUUGAAAUUAAGACAAAAAAAAGGCUUGAAAUAUUUAACUUUACAGGUAAUAAAAAUCACAUUUAAAUUAUAAGGGGGAAAACUUGACACAUUUUUUUGGAUGUACUGUAUAUGAUUUUACAAUUGUGCAAAAUGCUGAAAAUGCUUGCUAUGACAGUCUUGUGGAGACAGAACAGUUUUUGUAGCACAAGGGGGACCCACCCAGUAUUAGGCAUUACGUUUUACUGUUUUCUCUCACUACAAACAAGGAUUUAGUUUAAGACAAUGACAAUUUUGACAUCGAGCUGUAAACUUGCUUGUCCUAAUUCUUUCCCUGUUUUCAUUCCUAAGCACGAGUCGAUCACAAAUCCACUUUUUUAUUUUACUUCCGAAUGAAAAUAAAUCUCCAAUCUUACGGCUCAUAUUAAAAUAGUUCCUUACCAGUUAUUGUGUAGAUAGAGACAGUUGUGUAACUGAUGCUGUAUGUCACGGAAGGUGGUUAUCUAUUUCCAUGUUCCCGAAGUGCCUCUUAUACAGUCAAGGUUGAAGUCGGUGCAAAUAUAGUGUUUGGAAAAGGAAUUAGUGUACAUGGCCUUCCCCAUUAAUCCAUUUUACUUCCGCUAUUUGGGUUUUAAUAAAUGUUGGUUUGCUGUAACUGUAAUAGUAACUGGAAGUAUGACCAACGCUACAGCAUUUGGCGAAUUCACUAUUUUGUCCAACAGAAAAAAUAUUUCACACAUUAUAGAAUUCAAUUAAAAAACAAUACAAAAGUUAAUUAUUUUAAAUAAUAAAAAUGGUGAAGAUGAAGAAUAAUCUAUAUAUCAAAUGUAUUUACUUUGUGCAUUGACUCCAAAUUUAUGUGGCAAGGCUACAAUAAAAAAACACUUUUA